GAGGGUAUUUUUGGGGACAGCAGCUGCAGGCAUUUGUAACAUUUGGUCCCUGCAUGUUGACACCCUGGAGCUGUGCAGGCAGAGGCUGCGGGCGCAGGGUGACGGACGUGGGGACGGCGAAGGCAGCGGAGCAAGGUGUCUGGGCCCAGUUGCUGUCCUGUCUGAGCCACUGAUGCGGGGCCCUGCAGUGCCCCAGCUGAGUCCGGAGAUGGAUGUGUUUGGGGGGGCCCCCCGGUUCCUUGCCUACCCCCGCACUUUCACAGUGCAGAGUGGUGCUGAUGCCGUCCUGAAGUGCCAGAUCGCGGGUGACCCACGCCCCAGCAUCAUCUGGGAGAAGGACAAAUCCCCGAUCGCGCUGCUGGGCCGCUUCCAGGUGGAGGCCGAGGGGAGCGUGUACAGCCUGUCGAUUUCCCAGGUGACCCCAGCGGACAGCGGGCAGUAUGUCUGCAAGGCCAAGAACGCCAUCGGGGAGACGUACGCUGCUGCCACACUCAAGGUGGAGGCGGGGGAGCUGCAGCAGGAGGGACACCCUGAGGAUAUGCCCCCCGUUUUUCUGAGCAAGCCUCUGUCCUGGCAGGUCUGCAGGGGCGAGGAUGUGAUGUUCACCUGCAGGAUCUCGGGGCAGCCUAGCCCUGUGCUGCAGUGGGAGAAGGAUGGGCGCCAGCUGUCGGAUCUCUUUGAGAGCAGCCAUUUCUCUGUGGGGAUGGAGCCGGAAGACUGGCAUUUCCUGAAGAUCUUCAGCGCCCGGCCCCCGGAUGGUGGGGUCUAUGUGUGCAGGGCGCGGAACCGCUCAGGGGAGGCCCUGGCAGCAGCUGUGCUCCUGGUCAACCCCAUGGCUCGUGGGCUACCAGACGGCCCCUUCCUGGGCUCCCCCAGGAACUGCUGGCCCCUGAGCCAUUUCAGUAAGCAGCCGGAUCAGCACGGUGACAGGAGACACUGCCACGGGCAGCGCUCCGCGCCCUGGCCGGCCCGGCCCAAUGGCGAGGUGCCUCCCGGCGCACCCAAAGCCAAGGCGUUCGCUGUGAGCGAGGGGAAGCACGCCAAGUUCCGCUGCUACGUGACAGGCAAGCCGAAGCCCGAGAUUGUGUGGAAGAAGGACGGGAAGGUCGUUGCGCCAGACAGGAGGCACCUGGUCUAUGAGGACAGGGAAGGCUACUUCAUCCUGAAAGUGCUGUACUGCAAGGCCCGGGACCAGGGGCUGUACAUCUGCACCGCCUCCAACACGGCUGGCCAGACCCUCAGUGCCGUGCAGCUCCAUGUGAGAGAGCACCGGGUGCGGUUCCAGUUGCAGCUGGAGGAUGUGGAGGUGCAGGAGUGUGAGGACGCCGUGCUGGAGUGCAAAGUGCCCCUGGAGACCAUCCCCACGGCCUGGUACCUGGAGGACAAGCAGCUGCAGCCAAGCCACAAGUACGUGAUUGAGGAGCAGGGCCUGGUGCGACGCCUGACCAUCCGUGACGCCCGCGCUGACGACGACGGCAUCUACCUCUGCGAGAUGAAGGACAAAGGGCGCAGCAUUGCUGAGGUCUCAGUCAGAGGGGCAAUCGUGAAGCGGCUCCCGCGGAAGCUGGACGUCAUGGAGGGGGAGAAUGCUGCCUUCUGUGUGGAGACCCGGGACUCCGUGGAGGGAAUCCGCUGGAGCCGGAACGGGCUGGAGCUGCGGGAGACACCAUGCACUGUGCUGAAGAGCUUCGGCAAAACCCACCUGCUGGUCCUGGUGCACGUGACGCGGGAGGACGCUGGGGUCAUCUCCUUCAGCGUGGGGGAGUCGCAGACGUCAGCCCAGCUUCGCAUCAAAUGUGCAAAGCGUGUUCCCCCGAGUGCGCCCGUGGCCGCCGAGAUGAGCACGGACCGCAGCAACGCUGCCCUCCUGACCUGGUGCCCCGGGCCUGAUGUGCACAGGACCCCCCCCAGCAGCUACGUCCUGGAGCGGCAGGAGGCCAGCACGGCCGAGUGGGUGCAGUGCCUUACCACGGACCUGGCCAGCAUGGUGGAGGUGCUCGGGGAUAGCGUGCCCGCUGAGGCAGACUACUGCUUCCGCAUCUGUGCUGUGAACAAGUACGGGAGGAGCAGGCCCGUGGAAUUCCCUGGUUCUGUGCACCUUGUCCCGGUAGCCUGCGUGCGGAGAGCCCUGAAGGACGUGCAGGUGCAGGCGGGUCAGGAUGCCCUGUUCUCCCUGGAGCUCUCGGCCUCCGUGGCAGGGAGCUGGUUCCUGAACGGGGCGAAGCUGGAGGAGGGAGAGGAAGGCCAGCGCUACUGCAUAAAGCGCAGCGGGACCGAGCACUCCCUGCUGCUCCGUGGUGUGCGGCUGGCGGAGAGCGGGGCCAAGGUCAAGUUUGAGUCCAGUGGUGUGCGGGACUCCGCCACUCUGCGGGUGCAAGCCCCGCAGGUGCGCAUCGCCCCGGUGCCCGAGGCCCAGCGCUGCCGGGAGCUCCUGGCAGGGCUGCCCCUGCUCCUGGAGUGCGAGGUCUCCACGCCCGACACCCCUGUGCGCUGGCUCAAGGACGGGGAGGCUGUGCCCUCCGACGACGUCGUCGCCCUGCAGGCAGAGGGCUGCGCCAGGAGGCUGUUUAUCCGCUCUGCCCGCCCCUCAGACUCCGGGACGUACACGUGUGACGCGGGCGAGGAUGCGCUGAGCUUCACGGUGACCGUGACCGAGCCGCCUGUGAGGAUCGUCAGCUCUAACGAGGACGCCGCACACACCUACCUGGCCUCGGAGCGCGUGGUGCUGGCGUGCGAGCUGUCCCGUGCCGACGGCCCGGUGCAGUGGUACAAGGAUGGGGUGGAGGUGGAGGAGGGCGAGCACCUGCUCCUGGAACACGAGGGGUCCCAUCGCAGGCUCGUCAUCCCCUCGGCUCGGCCGCAGGACACAGGGGAGUUUGUGUGCGACGCGGGCGGCGACUCCGUCUUCUACAACAUCUCGGUGACAGAGCCGCCCGUGAGGAUCGUCAGCUCUAAUGAGGACGCCGCACACACCUACCUGGCCUCGGAGCGCGUGGUGCUGGCGUGCGAGCUGUCCCGUGCCGACGGCCCGGUGCAGUGGUACAAGGACGGGGUGGAGGUGGAGGAGGGCGAGCACCUGCUCCUGGAGCACGAGGGGCCCCAUCACAGGCUCAUCAUCCCCUCAGCCCGGCCGCAGGACACGGGGGAGUUUGUGUGCGACGCGGGCGGCGACUCCGUCUUCUACAACAUCACAGUGACAGGCGGGCGGCUGUCUGUGAGUGACCCAGCCUGCAGCCUCUCUUCUGAGCCCAGCUUGUCUCCCCGCCCAGAGCCGCCCGUGAGGAUCGUCAGCUCUAACGAGGACGCCGCCCACACCUACCUGGCCUUGGAGCGCGUGGUGCUGGCGUGCGAGCUGUCCCGUGCCGACGGCCCGGUGCAGUGGUACAAGGAUGGGGUGGAGGUGGAGGAGGGCGAGCACCUGCUCCUGGAGCACGAGGGGCCCCAUCACAGGCUCAUCAUCCCCUCGGCUCGGCCGCAGGACACGGGGGAGUUUGUGUGCGACGCGGGCGGCGACUCCGUCUUCUACAACAUCUCGGUGACAGCCCCGCAGGUGCGCAUCGCCCCGGUGCCCGAGGCCCAGCGCCGCCCGGAGCUCCUGGCAGGGCUGCCCCUGCUCCUGGAGUGCGAGGUCUCCACGCCCGACGCCCCUGUGCGCUGGCUCAAGGACGGGGAGGCUGUGCCCUCGGACGACGUCGUCGCCCUGCAGGCAGAGGGCUGCGCCAGGAGGCUGUUUAUCCGCUCUGCCCGCCCCUCAGACUCCGGGACGUACACGUGUGACGCGGGCGAGGAUGCGCUGAGCUUCACGGUGACCGUGACCGAGCCGCCCGUGAGGAUCGUCCGCUCUAACGAGGACGCUGCCCACACCUACCUGGCCUCGGAGCGCGUGGUGCUGGCGUGCGAGCUGUCCCGUGCUGACGGCCCGGUGCAGUGGUACAAGGACGGGGUGGAGGUGGAGGAGGACGAGCACCUGCUCCUGGAGUGCGAGGGGCCCCAUCACAGGCUCAUCAUCCCCUCAGCCCGGCCGCAGGACACGGGGGAGUUUGUGUGCGACGCGGGCGGCGACUCUGUCUUCUACAACAUCACGGUGACAGAGCCCCCAGUGAGGAUCCUGCGCCCCCAGGAGCGUUCCCUGGAGCUGCAGGCUCUGGUGCUGCAGCGCCUGGAGCUGAGGUGUGAGCUGUCUAGAGCAGAGGCCCAGGUGUGCUGGUUCAAGGACGGGCUGGAGGUGGAUGAGACAGAGAACCUGCUGCUGCGGGCAGAGGGGGCCCAGCGCUGGCUGAUUGUCCCGCAGGCCCGGGCCGAGGAUGCUGGCGAGUACAUCUGUGAGACAAGGGACGAGUCCGUCUCCUUUGACGUCAGGGUGUCAGAGCCCCCGGUGAAGAUCCUGCAGCCGCGGCGAGCUCCCCCCACCCUGAAGGCUGUCAUGGGGGAGACGGUGACUCUGGCCUGUGAGCUAUCACGCGGGAACGUGCCGGUGCAGUGGGUUAAGGAUGGCACCAGGCUGGAGGCUGGCGGCAGCCUGAUCCUGGAGGAGGAGGGUGCCCAUCGGCGGCUGGUCAUCCCUGCGGCUGGAGUGGAGCAUUCUGGGAAGUAUGUCUGUGAUGCGGCUGAUGACACCAGGACGUUUACUGUCCAAGUCUGUGACCCUCCUGUGACGAUCCUGGGGCGGGGUGAGCUGCAGACACACCGCCGCUGCCUGGCCGCGGAGGACCUGGUGCUGGAGGUGACGCUCUCCCAUGCCCACGGAGAGCUGAAGUGGUACAAGGAUGGUGAGAAGUUGCAGGACACGGGGCGCGUGCGUCUGGAGGAAGAUGGGGCACGGCGCGCACUGGUCAUUCUGGGCAUGGAGAGCAAGGACGCGGGGGAGUAUCUGUGUGACAGCCAUGACGACAGCCUCAUCUUCUGUGUUGCCGUGGAAGAGCCCCCUGUGUGCAUUGUGAGGAGCAAGGGGGGGCGGGAGCAGCAGUGCCUGGCGGCCGGCGAUGACUUGGUGGUGGCCUGCGAGGUGUCACGGCCCAGCGCUGCCGUCCGCUGGCUCAGGGAUGGCCAGGAGCUGGUGGCCAGCGAACGAGUCCGGAUCGAGGACCGGGGAGCUCUCAGGCAGCUGACCAUCCUCGGGGCCCGGCCCAGCGACUCUGGCUCCUACGUUUGUGACGCUGUUGGUGACCGAAUGGUGACGACCGUGGAGGUGGCAGCCCCCCCGGUUCGCGUUGUGAAUAAGGAGGAGGCCAAGAUGCCCGUGGAGGUCCUGGAAGGGGAGAGUGUCACGCUGGUUGCCCGGCUCACCCAGGAACAGGCUCCUGUCCAAUGGCUGAAGAACAAGCGGGUGCUGCGUUCCGGGGCACGGCUCCUCCUGGGCACCCAGGGGCCCUCGCACAGCCUCACCAUCAAGCAGACGGAGCUGGGCGACAGCGGCACCUUCAGCUGUGACACUGGGGACGAUGAGGUGCACUUCACCCUGCGAGUGAUAGAGGCUCCAGUGCUCUUUGUGAACAAGCAGGAGAAGCCGGAGAAGGUGCUGGUGCUGGAGGGGGGCAGUGCCGUGCUCUCAGCCAUCGUCUCCAAGGAGCAGGCCCCAGUGAGCUGGAGGGGGCCCCUGCAGCCCCUGGCAGCAGGGCAGCGCUGCGAGCUACGGCGAGAGGGCCGGGUGCACAGCCUGGUGCUGACCAACGUGGGCAAGGACGACGCCGGCCUCUACACCUGCCUCUCCUGCCAUGACCAGAUGCAGUUUGAAGUGAGCGUGAAAGAGCUGCAGGUGAAAUUUGUGCGAGGCUUGUCGGACGUGCAAGCACACGUGGGCGAGACGGUGCUGCUGUGGUGCGAGCUGUGCAAGGCCAGGGGGCAGGUGGUGUGGCUGAAGGAUGGGCAGGAACUGGAGCCCAGCGGCAGGUGGGAGAUCAAGGCAGAGGGGCGGGAGCGCUCCCUGGCGCUGAGCAACGUGGGGCCUGAGGACGCUGGCGAGUAUUCCUGCGAGUCCAAGGAUGACCGGACGCUGGCAACGGUGACUGUGCAGGUGCCCAGGGUGGUGGAGAUCAUCUCGGAGCUGCACAACCUGACGGUGCUGGAGGGGGACGACGCCACCUUCAAGUGCCUGGUGUCCCCGGAUGACGUGGCCCUGACGUGGCAGCUGAACGGCCAGGCUGUCACCACCUGCGAGCGGCUGGUGGUGACCAGGAACGGGCUGUGCCACGCCCUGACCGUCCAGCAGUGCCAGCUGGGGGACGCAGGCACCGUGACAGCCCGCGCUGAGGGCCUGGUGAGCACAGCCCGGCUGAGCGUGCAAGAGGCCCAGGUGCUGUUUGUGCGGAAGCUGCAGGACGUGGUGGCCGAGGAGCUGCAGGACGCGCUGCUGGAGGUGGAGCUGAGCCGCGAGGCCGGCGAGGUGCAGUGGCUGAAGCAGGGGGUGCUCCUCCAGCCGGGCAGCAAGUACCAGUUUCAGGAGGCCGGGCGCAGACGGGGCCUGACCAUUCGCAGCCUCAGCCCCUCGGACCGCGGCACCUACCGCUGCGAGAGCCUCCACGACCGGACGCAGGCCAAGCUGAGCGUGGCGCCCCGAAAGGUGUCUGUGCGGAAGCCACUGUCGGACGUGGAGACCUUUGAGAAGGAGACGGCCACGUUCCAGCUGGAGCUGUCCCAUGCUGACGUGCCCGGGGUGUGGACGCGGGACGGCAUCCGGGUGAAGCCCAGCCGGACCUGCCGGGUCAGCGCCACGGGCUGCGUGCACAGCCUGACGCUGCUGGGGCUCACGCUGGAGGAUUCGGGCACCGUCACCUUCACCUCCGACACCCUGCGUUCCAGCGCCCGCCUGACCAUCAGAGGUGGGGGCUUAGCUGUGGGUCGGGCCACGGGUCACACCGUGUGGGGCCUGCCAGGGAACCAGUCUCUGGCGCCACCUGCUCACCCCGUCCUGACGCUCGGAAGAGCCUCAGCCCGACAUCGCAGACGCUGCUGCUGCAGCCUGAGCGCCGGGGUCUGCAGCCCCUGCCCCAAGAGCAGCUCACAGGCACGGGCCAGCGCUUGCAGCGAAGCAGGGCCCAGCCGUGAUCUCCCCGCUGUGAGCUUCUCCACAGCAGUGCCCAGCCGUGACCUCCCCGCUGUGAGCUUCUCCACAGCAGUGCCCAGCCGUGAUCUCCCCGCUGUGAGCAUCUCCACAGCAGUGCCCAGCCGUGACCUCCCCGCUGUGAGCUUCUCCACAGCAGUGCCCCGCCGUGACCUCCCCGCUGUGAGCUUCUCCACAGCAGUGCCCAGCCGAGCCACGGUGCAGGGCGUCACACCAGCGCCUUCCUCCACAGGCCCCAGGCACUUCCUGCUCAUCUGCAACGUGCGCCCGGAGGACGCGGGAUGCAUCCGGUUCGUCGCCAAGGCAGCUGCCUCCGAAGCCAGCCUGCAGGUGGAGGCACUCCCGAUCCGGAUCAUAAAGCCGCUGCGGGACAAGACGGCGCUGGCGCGGCACAAGGCCACGCUGGAGUGCACCGUGUCGCAGGCGCGCGGCCGCGUGCGCUGGUUCCGCGGAGACACCGAGAUCUUCGCCAGCGACAAGUAUGAGAUCUGCAACCUCGACUGCUAUCGCACCCUCAUCAUCCACGGGGUGGGGCCGGAGGACGAGGCCUCCUACACCUGCGACGCCUUUGACGACCGCUCCACCGCCCGCCUGCUGGUGGAGGGGCAUUAGGUGCUGGCAUCGGACAAGCCCGACCAGAUGGGUCCUGGCUGGCCACAGCGGGGGCUGCCCAUUAACCGCUCCAGUGCCCCACCUUGCUGGGUGACGUCCUGCGCCCCGCCCCCCGAGCAGGGCGGUGCCCUGGGCAAGCAGGGCUGCCCGGCCCUGGGCAGGGGGUGCUCUGGGGUGACCCCCACUCCCAAUGCGGCUGAAUCGACCUCGCAGUGGGACUCUACACUUCCCUGUUCCUCAGCAACACAAGGGCAGGCCUCCAUUUCCGCCCCCACCCCCGCACCUUGCGACAGAGGGGCCGGGGGGGAGCAGAUGAGGGGGUCUGGCAGUGAGUCACCAGCCUGGGGACCAGGGAAAGGCCCCACUUCUCCCCCCCAAGCCCCCAAGGAACUGGGCUGGCAAGUCUCCCAGGGGUGGGGGAGCUGCGCCCCAACAGGACCCGCUGGGCUCUUCCAGCAGCUUCCACGCACUUGGGUGGGGCAGUGCUGGGGGUGGGGUUGGGGGGGCUGGGUCUUAACAGAGAGGAACUGUAGCCAGAUGGUGCCUUUGUGUGUGUCCCCUGCCCACAGCACCCACAGACCCUCCCUCCAUCCUGUCCUGUACAAAUCACCUGGCAGUGCGCCAGCCCCUGUGACAAAUUAGGAAAGUGCUUCAUGUUUUCAGUGAA